UUUCGAGUAUUUCGCGGCGGCCGCUGAAUACGUUACUUGUUCUCUAGCGUGCGUUUCGUUUGGCGGGGUUUUUUUGUUGCUCUUCCUACUACUACUGUGUCUCUCUUGUUAGCCGAGACGAUAUCGUGUGCUGCGAUUUUUUUUCACAUUUAUUUUGGCUGUUUUUUUUUACGUGUAUUUUGGCGGCUAAUUCGCGAGUGUUCGCGUCGUACACGUUUUUUUCGUGCGUGGUGUUCGUAUUUUGAAUUUGAAAAAUUACGCGGUUUGUGGCGAGUGUUUGUUUUGUUUUUUUUUGUGUGAUUUUUACGUUUCGUAUUGUUGUUAAUUGAUCAGAUGAAGAAUAGUUGGCGGGUGGCGAUUUUCGACGCGCGUACACGUUAAACAUCGUGUAUGCCAGAUAAAUCGACGAUAAGUAGUGUAACGGUAACGACGUCGCAAUCGUCAGUGCGUAUUUUUUCCUUGCGCGAAAUAUAAUUGAAAAAAAAAAUUGAUACGAGGCUACUAAAAAAAUAAAGCUCGACGAACAGAACAGAAACCAGUCAGUCGUUGAUAAUAUUUCCAAGUUUCGAAUGUUCUUCGGUAGUGGCGGUGGUGUUACGUAAUAUUUUCUAUAGUCGCGUUUACUACGGUAAAGUUUAGCAGUGUCGCGAUACCUAUACCUACUUACCUCUCUUUACUCGAAAACGAAAACAACGCGUUGUUAAAUGUAGGUAACGAAAUGACGUAAUUUAGAAUUUACGUUGAUUUAAUUUCGAAAUAUUAUCGUAUACGACGAAGAGUACCAAACUGAAGCCCAGGUACCGCCGAAGAAAUUCAACGAGAUCAUCGGUCGAAUAGAGAGAUUUGAACCAGAAGGACGUAUACUGUAUACGGAGUGAUCAAUCAUGGGCUGCGAAUUGGGCAAAUUGGCGAAAGCUUCGCAAGAAGAACGCGAACGUGAAAACGACUUGAAUGGACCACCGGUCAAUCAUCAAACUGAUCCUAGACUGCCGUUGACGGCUAAGCAGAAGUAUGGCAUGAUCGCAUCAUGGAAAGGGAUCGCCAGAGCAAUGGGACCUACCGGAGUUUAUAUGUUCAUAAAAUUAUUCGAAGAACACAAAGAUUUGUUAGAAUUAUUUAGCAAAUUUAAAGAACUGAAGACUAAAGAAGCUCAAGCCAAUAGUAUGGAGUUGGCCGAACAUGCUACCAAAGUUAUGAACACCUUAGACGAAGGUAUCAAGCAACUCGACGAUUUAGAUUCAUUCUUCCAGUAUUUAACGAAUGUGGGGGCAUCGCAUCGGAAAGUUCCCGGAUUUAAGCCUGAAUAUUUUUGGAAAAUAGAAGUACCGUUUUUAGACGCGGUCAAAACAACGCUGGGUGAUCGAUACACGGAGAACGUGGAGAACAUAUACAAAAUAACGAUAAAAUUAAUUAUCGAAUCGUUGAUAAAAGGAUACAAUAGCAGUGAUACAAAGACUUCGUAAAAUACCAAUACUUACCUUACCCCUCUGCCCAGUGAGAUGAAUAAAUGACCAUUUUACGAUUAAAUCUCGUGUAUUUUGUGCCCUGGGAAUGUGCUGAUCGAUGUUUGCAGCGGUAUGGAAUCGUUGUUGAUCAUUGGCUACCACCUAUUCGUCGACGAAAAGACGAAAAAUAAGAAAAAAAUUUAUAUUCAAAAGACUAGAUUCGCGUUUUUAUGGUUUAUUUUUUUAAUACCUUCGGUCUUAUUAUUCGCGUUAUUUGUUCAUUUGUUCGUGUUUUUUUUUCUCUCUUCUUAAUAUUUUUUACGUACGAAAAUUGAAGAAGGAAAUUCAAGUUUGAUAAAUUUUUGUUGCCUUUUUGUGUUGACAUAAUCAAAAUGUAUAAAAUGUUUUCGCGAAUUGAUCAUCAGCGUUAUUGCAAGAAGAAAAAAGUAAUUUAAUUUUAUAAUUUAUGUAAAUAAAGAAUUUAUAUAGGUUUUUUCGGUCUCUCCUCGUCGUAACUCGCACACAGUGUGUCCCAUUUUUCGUCUCUGUACGCCUCCUCCUCUCUGUUUUUUUGGCUCUUUCUCUCUCUCCCUCGUGGUAUAUUUUCCUUUCUCUUUAUGAAUGCUGCUGCGACGUAUAUAUAACUCAACGCGAUCAGCGCGCGACCCCGAAGGCGAAAUUAUUUGCAAAUUUUUCACCGACCUUUGAAUACGUGUUUUAUGGCGCGAAAUAAGGGUAUAAGGCGAUAUUUUUCGCCGUCGAGCAUAUUUCGCAUUCUCGAGGCUAUUUGCAUAAUUCGAGUCGUUUAUUAUUUCUAAGUUGAUGUUUUACAGCAACAACCGGAAAUCCUAAGCGUCGCCCGCGUUGUUGCAACGAUUUAAAUUCAUUAGGCUGUAUACUCUUUAAUGUUUACAUUUUCAACGUGCGCGAUGGAUUAGGUUUUUAUUUGGCGCGUAAAAAAUUGCUUACAAGUUGGCUGAUUUAUUGUAGACGACGGAAAAGAAUUGUAUGUUUUGGAGGUGUUUUUUGGUUGGUGGGUUGAGGUAGGAAUUUCAAAAUGUUGAAGGAAUGAUGUGGGUGGUUUGGGUGUGGUGUAGUAUUUUUUGAGGGUUUUUUCCUCGUGUGGUUUAGGUUUUUAGUUUCAAAUGAAAAAGAUUCCAAAAUCAAAAAGUACCCAUCAUUUUUGGGAACUGAAAACUUCUUUUUUUUCCAGAACAUGACUCUGAUUGUUUUCAAGCUCUUGAUGUAAGAUCAGAAAACCAUUUUCAGAUUAUUAAAAAAUCAGAAUGGGUAUCGGAAGUUCAUUUUUUGAAUUUUUAUAUUUUCAUGUCUGACAAUGUUGAAAUGAGUGAGUUCAGAACUGGUAAAAGAAAUUGUUAUUUUUGGUGACUGAUUGGUAAAUAUAAAAUCUUCCUCAGUUUGAAUGUCCGGAGUACCCCUCUCCUUGCCACCCCCUCUCUGAUCUAUGAAUUUGUGUGUGCAAGUUCAAAAAAAAAUUAAGAAGAUUCAUUUUAUAUGUUUUUUUAACGCUAUCAAAGGUUUUACAGUACAGUUUAAAUCUAAUUUAAUUUAGAAUUGAAGGAUAGAAUUUUUUAGCAUUGAUUCGAACUAUCCAUCGAGAAGCAAAUCGAAUCAACUUUUUUCCCAAGAACUUGAAAAUUAGAAAAUUCAUCAUCUUUGAGGUACCUUAAUUUCGUGAACAUUUUUCUCAAGUUUCUAUACGAGUCAGCUUACUUACUCUGAGGAAUUUCGGUUUAGACUUUGAACACCCAAAAACAUGAUUUUUCGAAUUUCAAUUUUUUUGUAACUGAAAAUAGUCUGAUUGACGAAAUUUCAAUAUCCUCUUUCCUUUCCAUGUCCAAAUUGUCACUUUGCAUCAAAAUUAGGAUUUUUUGAAAGCCUCCUUCGAAAAAUGAGGGUCCUAAACUUCCCUUUUUUUUUGAGUUAACCGGAGAAGAGCUGAUUAUUUUUGAGAAAAACUGAAAGCUCACGAUGAAAUUUGUUUGAUAAUUGAUCAAAACAUAUGAAAACAUUCACCUAUGCCGUAUUCAUCCCCCUCCCCCCUUCAACACGCUCAAAAAUAUCCAAAAAAUGUUGGGUAAUCGUACAAAUCCCAAACAUCUGCAAUUUGAACCAUGGGAAAGAGACCGAAAAUCGUUCAAAAAUAAUUGAAAAAUGUUGACAGUUAUGAUGUAUGUUUAGGUGUUUAAUUUGAGCAAAAUUCUGUUCUGAAAUUUUUAAAAAAUGGGUUUUCAAAUCACUUGAGAAAUUUUCGAAUUUUUAAAGUAGGUAACACUGCAAUGAUCAUUGGUUCUAGUAAAAUGGUGAUAUAACCUUUAGUAAAGAUGUAAAAAUAGUAGUGGUUUUGUUUGAAAAUAUUGAAAAAAAAUUUUAAAAAAUUUAGUUUGUGUUGAGCAAGACGUUUAUCAGGUCCUACUAUUAGCCCUACACGUCCUUCUAAAGUCGUACUUUAAAUAAAAUCAUAAGGUGUUUGAAAACGUCAGGAAAGGAAACAUUUUUUACAAAAAUUUGGCUAAAAACUUGAAUGUAAAUAUUGACCCCCUUUCCUCCUUUCCCCCAAACCAUGAAAAAUUCCAGAAGUGCUCGAAAGAUGACCUGCUGAAAGUUCUGCUAAAAGUUCUACUCAAGUUCUACUUUUUCAUUUUGAAAUUUUGUUUAACACCCUGCUGUAGCUCAAUAUGUUCAUGAUUUUCAUCAUGAAAAGUUCACGUUUUUAAGAAGUUGCUGUACCACCGACAAAGGGGGCGGGGGGUCAAGUGGAGUAAUUUUGCCUCGAAUGUUUUUUAAAAAAAGUUUGUAAAUUUGAUUUGUAUGUAUAGCAGAGAAAAUGCAAUCGUCAUGUUUGAAAAUGGAAUGAAAACUUUAUUUUAGAGAUAAGAACAAUUCCUAAAAAUUCAAUUUUUGUAUAGAAAAUGAUGCAUCUUGUUUUUGAAAGAGUUUGCAAACUUUAUUUUUAGUGAGAAAUGCAAGCUUUAAAAAAAAUCAACCUUCAUUUCUGAAGAAAAAUAAACUGAAAGUAGGUACUCACAAUUUUGAUUUUUGAACGAAAUCAGUUCAUUGUUGGUUUUUUGGAGGGAGGGAGGGAGGGGGGCGUGGCUUUUUCACAGAGAAACUUAUGGAAAAAUUAUGUUUUGUAAACAACUCGUUUUCGAUUUCAAUGUUUGAAAAAAAUGCUUGCUUUAGAAUGGGGGGGGGGUUGAAAAGUGAAAAAUGUUAAGUUUGCCCCAUUCACUCUGAUGGAGGGUGCUGAGUAUAUAGUCGCGUAUAAAUUGAGCUCAUCAUUAAAAUUGAUUAAUCUCCUUGAAAAACCCAAAAUUUUUGAAAAUGAUGAAUCACUUUGUUUUGUGAUAAUUUUGUUUUUUAAACUUGAUGAUCCUAAAAGUUGAAUUUCUAAUUAAGCUUUGCUCAAAUGCUCAUGUUCAAAAAACGUACCAAGAGUUUUUAUUUUUGUGUCCUAUUUGAAAAUUUGAUGAAAAUGUUUUUAUAUCCUUCAUGGAUAUUCAUGAUUUACCCUUAUUUUUUUGACAGAUUUUCUGUGAAAGAGGGGGAAAAGGGGAAGGAGUAAUUUUUUGUUAGCAUUGAUGGAGGGUUUUCAUGUAGGUUAUAUUUGAGCCUUCGAUUCGACAUUUUUUGUCAUUUUUUCGUUUUUUUAAAAAACAUUUUACAUUUUAGGGAGUAGAUUUCAUAGAGAAUUUUUUGAUCUUCCUGUUCCUGUUUCUUUGAGAAGAGAUUCUUGGCUAAUUUCAAUUCUUUUUAAAUUAUGUGGGAGUCUGUUUCAAGAGUGUGAUGAUUUUAAGAUUAAAUUUGCUAGGACUUGGGCUGUUUUCAGUCCCAAUAGAGUUGAUGUGAAAUCACAUUUUUUUUAAUCCCUGAAAAUGGGUCAAGGGUGAAAAAAUCCCUAUUGGCUGGUUAUGUUGAGUUAUGAUCGCUUUAUCUCGCCUCUCAAUUGGUCCAUCUUUCAUAAAUAAUUUGUUUGUUCGUUUUCUCUAUUGAGAUUUAAAGUGGGCACAUGCUCUGAAAAAAUGUCGAUUUCCAAUAAUGGUGGAAUUGACUCGAAUUGUGAAUGGUGAAAACAAUUUUCAAUGAGAAGUUAUUUUUUUUUUGCAUUUUGGAAUUUUUCAAUCUCGAGUUGAUAUUUAAGUACAUACAAAAUAUUCUGAAUCAAAUUAUUCUUAAACAAUUUUUAAGACCAGAAUUUUUUAAUUGCGAUUUGAUUUUAAAAAAUGAAAAGAGAGAAUAAAAAACACCCCGCCCAUAAUUCAUCAUCUUCUGUUUUAAAACUCGUGUUUCUCGUUAAAAGUCGAUAUAUUUCGUUAAUAUUCUCAUCCGGUUACACUUCGGGAAAUAAAUCGACAAAAGAAGUUAGCUUUUUAAACGAGACAUUCAGACGAAAAGAAAACAUACCUAAGGUUAUGAGGGAGAAAGAAACAGUACAAAAAAAGAAAGAAAGAAAAAAAAACUAAUCCUCCAAGUUCAUCUGUCUUAUUGUUUAAGAAUGUGUUCAUCCAUCGCUAAUUCCCAAAUCCGUCCAAACAAGACGACAGUUCUUUUUUUUCUUGUUUUUUUUUUUCAAAAGAAAAACGAAUAAGAUUAUAAAAAACCUUGAAAUUUCUUCGUCUUUUGUUUUUUUUUGUUGUUCUUUUUUUUUUCGCGAAAACAUUAUGAAAACGUUUCACGUACGACUAUAUAAUAUUGGUUACGAAAACGAAAUUUCGCCGGAAUAUGUAAUAUAUUAUUAUAUCUGUCUACGUUGUACAUAAAAAUAUACGUGUUUAUGUAUUUAUUAUGUUGUAAAUUGUAAAUUUUUUUAUAUACGCGCGUAUAUAAUCCAAUUUUUAAUACGGUUUAAAUGUUGUAGAUGUUUUUCUAAUGGUAUUGAUUCUCUUUAUUUAAAAAUGAAAAAAAUUUGAUGUUAUGUGUGUACGAAUAUUAAUAAAAUGUAGUGUCAAUUACGUA